AUGAUAACUUUUUUAUUUUUGUGGGUUAUAACAUUUUUAUUGGUUAUAGACAAGCUGUUUUUUGCUUGAUUAAUCCCUAUUUUUAUACUUUCUAUUCUUUAUUUAUUUAUAGGAGACAUAUACACUUUUUCUUUGUACUAUGGUUUUGUGGGGGUCGACUAUUUUAGAAUUUUCAUAAUUUUUAUUACCUUGUGGGUAUUUUACUAUUGUGUUUUAUGUUUCAAAGAUUUUAAAUCAUUUUUUUAUAUAUGGGGGAUGUUUUUGUUUUUGGUUUUAUGUUUCAUAGUAGAUAAUUUUUUAUUGUUUUAUAUUUUUUUUGAAGUUGUCUUUUUGUUAAUAUUUGUUUUUUUGUUAAGGUGAGGAAAAACUAUAGAGCGUAUUCAAGCUUCUUUUUAUAUAUUUUUUUAUACUUUAGUUUUUUCUUUACCUUUUUUUGUUUUUAUUAUUUACUGUUUAAGUAAUUUUUUAAAUAUAAGGUUUUUUUCAAUGAAUUUUUUUUGUGGGGAGUAUAAUUGAUUGGUUUUUUUUAUUAUUAUAGUAUUUAUCGUUAAGCUUCCACUUUAUGGGGUGCAUUUGUGGCUUCCUAAGGCUCAUGUGGAGGCUCCUGUUACUGGGUCUAUACUUUUAGCAGGAGUUUUACUAAAGUUAGGGGCUUAUGGUCUUUUUCGUUUUUUUCCUUUUAUAGAGGAGUUUUCUAGUUCAAGGAUCUUUUGGAAUGUUUUUUUUUAUUUCUCUAUCAUUGGGGGUGUUAUUAUUUCUAUGAUUUGUGUACGACAAAGGGACUUAAAAAUUAUUAUUGCUUAUUCUUCUAUUGUUCACAUAAGAUUUAUAGUUAUUGGUUUAAUCUCUUUUUCAGAUAUUGGUCUUAUAGGGGCUAUUUUAAUGUUAGUAGCCCAUGGGUUUAUUUCACCUUUUUUAUUUUUUGGGUUAAACUAUAUUUACGAAAUUUUUCAUUCUCGAAGUGUGUUUGUUUUAAAAGGAGUUGGUUUAUUUAUACCUAUUUUUGGUUUAUUUUGGUUUUUAGGGGUUGUUUUUAAUACAGGUUUUCCCCCAUUUAUGUCGUUUUUUUCUGAGGUUAUAAUCUCCAUAGGAUUUGGGUUUUUAGGAGCUCUAGAUUGAGUAGUGUUAUUAAUCUUUUUUUUUAUGUGUGGAUUGUAUAAUAUUUAUCUAUAUGUUUUUCCUACACACGGUGGUGUGUCUUUCUUUUUGUCUUCAUAUUUUUCUUAUGAUUAUUUGUUUUUAGGCUUUAUUCAUUUUUGGUUUAUUUUAAUUUUCCCUUUAAUGUGUUUGU